AUGUUGACAGAACAAAAGGAAGAAAACUUAAACCUGAAUCAGAUCGCAUGUGAAACAAAUAACUUUGGUCUAUCCUGCCAACAAACCUGUUCCCCCGAGGUGAACUGUACUGGACAUGGACGGUGCAGCGGGUGGGACGGGGAGUGCAUAUGCCUUGAGGGGUGGGGCGGGGCGCGGUGCGGAGAGGCGACGGGAGCGGGAAGCGGAGGGUGCGACGGGGAGCACGGGGGGCCGGGCUGCCUAGCGUGCAGGGCGGGAGAGUACGGGCAGGGGUGCAACGAGUCGUGCAGCGCGAACGCGACGUGCUCGGGGCACGGGCGGUGCGGCGGGUGGGACGGGGAGUGCAUAUGCCUUGAGGGGUGGGGCGGGGCGCGGUGCGGAGAGGCGACGGGAGCGGGAAGCGGAGGGUGCGACGGGGAGCACGGGGGGCCGGGCUGCCUAGCGUGCAGGGCGGGAGAGUACGGGCAGGGGUGCAACGAGUCGUGCAGCGCGAACGCGACGUGCUCGGGGCACGGGCGGUACCACAAUGGAUUUUUCAAGCACGCCUAUAUAUGGACUGGAAUCAACUGCCACGUGGAUCUCACAGAUAGCGAGGGAGGAGCGUCGUCCACGACCCAGGCGAGUACGCCAGCGCCAAGCACGCCGUCUUGGCAGACAAGUGUUGACGGCUAUCUUGUCGGAAAUACUUCAAGCGCAGGCAUCGAGACAUCAGCGACGUGGGAGUCAUCGACUAGCACGCCAGUGCCGAGCUCGACAGAGCUAUCCAACGUGUCAUCAACGUCGACGACGACUGCGAUAGACAGCAAGCUGUACACGACGACGGGGGCAGGCGAGGGAGGAGCGUCGUCUACGACCCAGGCGAGUACGCCAGCGCCAAGCACGCCGUCUUGGCAGACAAGUGUUGACGGCUAUCUUGUCGGAAAUACUUCAAGCGCAGGCAUCGAGACAUCAGCGACGUGGGAGUCAUCGACUAGCACGCCAGUGCCGAGCUCGACAGAGUCGUACAACGUGUCAUCAACGUCGACGACGACUGCGAUAGACAGCAAGCUGUACACGACGACGGGGGCAGGCGAGGGAGGAGCGUCGUCCACGACCCAGGCGAGUACGCCAGCGCCAAGCACGCCGUCUUGGCAGACAAGUGUUGACGGCUAUCUUGUCGGAAAUACUUCAAGUGUAGGCAUCGAGACAUCAGCGACGUGGGAGUCGUCGACUAGCACGCCAGUGCCGAGCUCGACAGAGCUAUCCAACGUGUCAUCAACGUCGACGACGACUGCGAUAGACAGCAAGCUGUACACGACGACGGGGGCAGGCGAGGGAGGAGCGUCGUCCACGACCCAGGCGAGUACGCCAGCGCCAAGCACGCCGUCUUGGCAGACAAGUGUUGACGGCUAUCUUGUCGGAAAUACUUCAAGCGCAGGCAUCGAGACAUCAGCGACGUGGGAGUCAUCGACUAGCACGCCAGUGCCGAGCUCGACAGAGUCGUACAACGUGUCAUCAACGUCGACGACGACUGCGAUAGACAGCAAGCUGUACACGACGACAGGAACGUCGUCUACGACCCAGGCGAGUACGCCAGCGCCAAGCACGGCAGUGCCGAGCUCGACAGAGCUAUCCAACGUGUCAUCAACGUCGACGACGACUGCGAUAGACAGCAAGCUGUACACGACGACAGGAACGUCGUCUACGACCCAGGCGAGUACGCCAGCGCCAAGCAUGCCUUCUUGGCAGACAAGUGUUGACGGCUAUCUUGUCGGAAAUACUUCAAGCGCAGGCAUCGAGACAUCAGCGACGUGGGAGUCGUCGACUAGCACGCCAGUGCCGAGCUCGACAGAGCUAUCCAACGUGUCAUCAACGUCGACGACGACUGCGAUAGACAGCAAGCUGUACACGACGACAGGAACGUCGUCUACGACCCAGGCGAGUACGCCAGCGCCAAGCACGGCAGUGCCGAGCUCGACAGAGUCGUUCAACGUGUCAUCAACGUCGACGACGACUGCGAUAGACAGCAAGCUGUACACGACGACAGGAGCGUCGUCUACGACCCAGGCGAGUACGCCAGCGCCGAGCUCGACAGAGCCGAUCUCGACAGAGCUAUCCAACGUGUCAUCAACGUCGACGACGACUGCGAUAGACAGCAAGCUGUACACGACGACGGGGGCAGGCGAGGGAGGAGCGUCGUCUACGACCCAGGCGAGUACGCCAGCGCCAAGCACGCCGUCUUGGCAGACAAGUGUUGACGGCUAUCUUGUCGGAAAUACUUCAAGCGCAGGCAUCGAGACAUCAGCGACGUGGGAGUCGUCGACUAGCACGCCAGUGCCGAGCUCGACAGAGCUAUCCAACGUGUCAUCAACGUCGACGACGACUGCGAUAGACAGCAAGCUGUACACGACGACAGGAGCGUCGUCUACGACCCAGGCGAGUACGCCAGCGCCAAGCUCGACAGAGUCGUUCAACGUGUCAUCAACGUCGUCAAAUGUGACGAGUGCUAUGCAGUUUUUGCUUGAAACAACUCCAUCAGGUUCUUCAUUCUUCAAUUGGACUCAGUUCCUUAGUACAGCUAAACAAGACAACGAUUACUUUAGUUCCCUCAAACUGCUUGAGCUUCCGCACGACGAAUUGUUUAGGCUUACUGUCCUACAGCCUCAAUUCAUCAAAGGACUGGAGGCAUUUGGUGUUUCAUGGAAAGUUUCCAUCAGUUUUGGUGGUGGGUCACUUCAGAUGUUCCGAAAUUUUCCUGUAUUGGACAGCAACGGCCUCCUGACUGUAGACACGAUUGCAUUCCUGAAUGGAGACUCUAAAUGGAUUGUCCAGAUCUCGGCUGAUCAGCAUAAUUACACCACGACGCUAUUUGAAUUGGAUAUCCACGUCGUUCCAGUCAAUGAUGCCCCUGCAUUUGAUAUGCCAUCCUCGGUCUCCAUACUUGAGGACUCUGGUCUUACUCAAAUCUCACACUUUGCCACCAAUAUCAGUGCUGGACCUCUCAAUGAGCAGUGGCAGCAGGUAUAUUUCGUGAUGUCUCCUUGGAAGUUCAGUGAUGCUUCACACUUCAAACUUGUGCCAAUGUUGUUUUCUAACGGUACUCUGCAAUUAUGGCCAGCCGAUGAUUACUCUGGUGACACAAUAUGGAAUGUUUCGUUGAUGGACAAUGGUGGAACUGACAAUGGUGGACAAAACAUUUCACUUCCCCGGUUGUUGACUGUACUCGUUCUUUCGGUGAAUGACAUGCCUUACUUUAGCAUUCAACCCGUCCUAGUCAUUCCAUCUAACUCCAAUUACAUGACAAUGGCACGUGUGGUGUUCAAUAUCAGCUCCGGAGCACUCAACGAGGCGGAUCAGACGCUGAGCUUCGACCUUGUGUCUGCUUCAAGGUGGGAUAACCUUUCUCUGACGCUGACUCCCAAUGGAACCCUCAUUCUACAGAACUUCAAGGGUCUUGAUGCCAAGGUGGUUGUGUUGGUGACCUUGACUGACGAUGGUCUGAUGGCUGCAAACGACUCUCUGACAUCACAACCGCGAAACUUGACGAUUUACUUCGUGGCAUCACCGCCGCCACCGUCUACCUUGAUGUCAUACAAGAAAGACUUCGCCAUUGUCGAAGUGGUGUGGACUCAUGGAUGGAUUGAAGACAGCUAUAGUGGAAUUUCGAACCAAUUCAAUUUUUCUUUUGUUGUCACCAUUGUAGAGUGUAAAACAGAUGCUUGUGUGCCUUCAGAGCUUUCCGUCAGUCCUAGGGAUUGCUCGAACGGAUCUUGUAUUAUAGAUUUAAGGCUGACAAGCUGGAAGAGCUUUUACAGCGUUUCAGUUCAAGCAAAGAACCUCGUUGGAUCCAGUUCUCCGCAGUCAGUCAAGUUUGCGGGCACUUUUGCGAUUGAUGUAUCUUUACCUUUCAUUAGCUCUCUUCAGUUCAACUUCAGCUCAACAGCAUCCGAAUCAAUUCUUCUUGUGCACCUUCUUCCCCCUGAAAGCAACAACAGCGGAUCACAGCACAUCACUGAAUAUGAAUUCGAACUUUGCCGUGCAAUUGCAGACGUGAAUGAGUCAGAUUGCGUCUCCUUCACUGAAAUCAAUCCACACAGUGAGACUCAAACCUCGGACUACACCUUCACUUUCCUUAUCUCGUGGUUGAACUAUAGAGAGUCUGAAUUCUUCGUGAAAAAUUCAUCUCGUAAAAUUUUGCUCAUCAGAGGGCAGAACGUGUCCAUCAGAGCAAGGGCGAUUUACAGCAUUAUCAUAGGGCCAUGGUCAUUUCCAUACAACUUUCGAGUUGCGGGGAAGCCCAAUUCUACCAUUGGAUUGUCAACGAGAGAGACUGAUGCCGUUCAUGUCCUAUUGACAUGGAGUCUUCCUGCUGACACUGGGUAUGGAGAUGAGGCAAUGCCGCUGACCUGUUUUCAGAUCACAGCAGCUACUUGUGCAGACAUGAGCGAGCGAUGUGUGGUGUGGAGAAAGUGUCUGGAUCUGCAGUUUCUUUUGACCGCUGAUGGUCAAUUCCAGUACUCCUUUACAAAUACUUCGUUGAAGAACCCAGGAACUUACUUCUUCAUGGUGUGCCCAGUAAAUGAGCUCGGCCCUGCGGUUGAUUGCGAGACGUCGAAGUCGGACUUUAACAUCCUGCCAGUUAUCUUUUCACCGUCAUCUGUCCCAGUCUACUUCAUUCUGCGUAAUUCAACCACAAGGACUUUUGAUGUGUGGUCAGGAGAUCAGGUGACAAAGGACUUGAGUUUGAUACUGACAAGCUUGCCACUCCAACUGUCUUGGGAGGAAUUGGCUAUCUCUCUUGUCAUCCCCAACCUGACAAUCUCACUUAAUGCCACGGACUGGGCAUUUGACCUGAGAUCUGCUUUUUUCACCAUCCACCUUAGUCGAAUCCUUGGCAGUCAAGUUUUGUUCUCAGCAUUCGCAAACUCGGUGAAGGGAAACUUGCAAGUAUCUAUUAAGCAGAAUCCAUGGAAAAGAGUGGCUUUACCCAUUGAGAUCAAUACAGGGUACCCCCAGAUCGUCUUUGAAAGCAUCAGUCCGUCUUCGGGAGAGAUGGCGGGAGGUUAUUUUGUGAAUAUCCAGUUGAGGGAUUUUCUGGGGCCAAGGACCAGGUAUUCUGCUGGACUGUACAAUCUGUACACCGCAAGCAUCUCAACAAUCCAAGUUUUCUUUCGAUCGGAUGGUGUGUAUAGGCAAUCUCAAUACUUCACUCUCACUAAACAGACCGCGGGAACUUCCAACUCUUAUGAUUUGUUCGUACUCUCCAUUUUUGUGCCUGUGGCUGCUAAAGAGGGAGUUGCCGACAUCGUGAUGUACAUAUCAGGAAACCUUGCUGUCGCAAGUGACAUUUCUUUCCUGUUCGUUGGCAUGAGCAUAGUAUCUGUCUCACCAAACUCCGGCAUGAUUAACCCUGGAUCUGCCGGUCAGUCAAUAAGCAUGGUCAUCAACGGUGCCACAAGUGCAAUCUCUCUCAACAUUUCCCUCGCAGGUGUAAACUGUAAAGUCAACGGCUGGGUGAUCCUUGGAACAAAGGUCUCUAUUGACGUCCUUCUCCCUGAAUUGCCCACGUCAAAAGCUGGAGACUUGGAGUUAGUGGUCAAAUACCCAGGAGGAAAGCUAAAUAGUACCUGGAACUACAUUCUUCCUCCUUCACCUUACAUCGUGUACUCCUCCUUUGCCAUCGAUGGUGUCUCGAAGUUUUGGCUACAAACCGGAAAGUCUCACGUGAUUUCGUUCCAAAUCAAGAACCUCAGACCGAAGUAUGGGUGGUCCUUUGACAAUCUCCAACUCAUUGUAGAGAGGGAGUACAAUUGCACGUUUCAGAACGUUGGGGAUUCGGUCCUUGUGAAUUUCGCGAUCGAAGCUUUGCAGGCAGGCGACAGGAUCCCUUUGAGUGUAGUUGUGUUCUAUCAGUCAGAAAGGGUUGGGGAGGUAACGACCUCAGACUUUCCAUCCGGUCAAAGCAAAGUCCUACUAGAAUUCCGACAAGGAUUCACCCCUGCCGUCGUAGACUACUUGCCGAGUGAAGGUCCUUCUCGAGGAGGAACUUUCGUCGUCAUGGGAAUCACAAAGAUUGGAGCGUUCACUUCGCAAGGAUAUCAGAUUCUUCCGGAAGUCAGGGUUGGCUCUGAUUCUGUUCCCGUCACGAGUUUCUGGUUGAUCCCUCUUCAAAGCUGGAUCAAUCAAGACAGCACCUACAACCAGAUCAUGGUCUCAUCUAAUGUUUGGAACAACAUGACCAACACGACUCGGACCCUGUUUUCGAAGUACAAGAACGUUAUCACGACCUCGGAACAAUACGUCCAGAAUGAACUCAUGACGGAUGCUUCUGUCAUGAAAGAUUAUAUGAUAAUGGUCCUCAAGACACCACAACUGAACGUGACCAAACAAACGCGCGCUUUGAUUACAAUAUCUUUUGGAAACAAUUUCAAUUUUAGCAUCUCUGCAAACUUCACAUACGUGCCUGACAACUUGAAUGACCCGAUCAAGGUCAACAGCAUAUCCACAGACUCAAACUCGCUCAGUUGCAGUUUGGAAGGAGGAUGUACUGUACGAGCAAGCUUGUCGAACUUUCCUAUCGUUUACACUGUGAAAGACUUGGUCGUGCAGAUGGACGUCCGAAUUUGGCCCCUGUUGAUCCUGUCGGAUUCUUCGGAAACUCAGAUUGAGUUUCAGGUCCCACAAGCAUCCAAAGAAGGAGUCACUUCGAUCAUUAUCAGAUCAUCUUUCUCUUCUCAGAACGCUGUGGCGAUCCCUUUCACUUACAUCGAUACGAACAAGCCCGAGAUCUCCUAUACAAGCCCAACAUGGAGUUACUCUGAUGGCGGGCAGAUGGUCACAAUUUUCCUGAGCAAACUUCCGUCGUCUAUCCCUCAAAACGAGUUCUACGUGAACGUGCAGGGCAGCUUGAAUAGCGUCUUGUUGAACUACAGCAGCUUUACUGUUGGAUCAGUUGGCUCGAUCGUAGGGAAAAUCACCUUUAUAUUACCAGCAUGUCAACCUGGACCAGUCAGCGUUUCUGUAAAGGCGGCUCAGAAGGUUUCGAAUUCUUUAGUUCUGCAAUGCCAAGCAAUCCCGACGACUCCGCCUCUUGUCGACUCAUUCAAACGAGAAAAUCAAUGUACGAAGCAAGAAAUCGUCCAAGUAAAACUCAAGAAUUUUAGGGUUGUGAGUGGUCCAAGCGAAGUUGCGUUAUCGUUUGCUCAGAACACUAACGUCAGUGCCAGCACAAUCCCAAAUUUCAUGGUCAUGUCAGACUUGUCGAAUACUUUCAUGCAGUUUCCAUAUGACGCUACACAAUAUAGUUCAGGAAACGUGAAGGUCUGGGCAACUAGACAGCCGAACUUCAUGAUCGCUUUGAGCACACCAUGCGUUGUACAACAAGCAAUCACGCUGAGCUACGUCAUUCCUUCCUGGGUUUAUUCGGCUCGAUCCACCAAGAUGAUGGCGGCCAUCAAUGAUUAUGGUAUCUACACCAACAUCACACAGAUCAAAGUGUUGUCCACCCUAAACGCAACCACAUCUUCAGUGGUUUUCAACCGAGUCAUCUCUGGUGGGGAGAAUCUUUUGAUGGUGAAUUUCAUCCUCAUCGCAAAUUUGGCUCAAGAGCACAAUCUGACAGUGAUUGGUUGCAACCUCGGGGUUUGUAACAAGAAGAUUCUAGAGUUUCAAGUUUCAGUGCGGACAGACUUGAACCCAGUAGUGAGCAAUUUUAAUCCUCAAUCGUGCAGAUUUUAUGGAGGAACUGAAAUGGCCAUCGAAGUCGACAACUUGGAUCAGAACAUCACCUCCGUCCUUGUUGACUUUGGGAAGAAUGUUUCGGCAAAAUCGAUUCAAGUCCUUGACAAGAGCACAAAGAAGAGUUUAGUGAAAGUUGAUAUUCCUUCAACUAAUUAUCCCAAAACAAUUCUACUGUCUCUUUUCAUCUUGUCACCUAUCAAGCAGUGGAAGAUAGCUUUCCCGACUCAGUUUGAGUACGCUGUUGCACCAUUGCCCGCGAUCCUCAAAUUGUUCCCGACAGAAGCAUAUGUGGAAACUUCUUCAAACAUCAGGGUGCUUAUUCAGAAUUUUCCUCCUGUCUCUUCGCCCUCGGACUUCGUCAUACAAUUUCUGAUGAAUGACGGCACAAUGUUGAGUACUGCGGUGCAGCGAUUGGAACUGAAGGCUCAAGCCACUUCUGACCUGCCAAACGUGCAAAUAGACUUCCAGUCGCCAAAUCAGAAUCAAGCACAAACAGGUUUGGCAAACAUGAAGAUUGUUAAGAUUGAGUUGUUGGAUUCUUCACCUGUAUUGUCGUCAAGAGCCAUGGGAGGGUUGAACGUCCCCAUGUCAAAAGCAAGCCAGAUACGAAUCGUCGCAGAGAACGUGGUCGCAUCCGCUCAGUACUCCGCAAAGGUUUUUUUGCAGGAUAGUCUUGUUACGAUUGUACAUUCUUCCGUAGACCAAAUUGCAAAUUCUGGAGCUUUCAUCAUCAUUGUGCCGCCAAGUGACUCGGCAUCAUCGGUGUUGGGGUUUGUCUCUACGACAGGCUUGCCAACUAGUCAGUCAUGUUCGACUUCAUGUUGUUCGAGGCAGAGCUGCUUGCAGGAAUGCGGCUCUGGAUUCGUCUGCUUCUCACUUUCUUACUACGACGAUAUCCAGCCGACAGUCGAGAUUUUGACCGAUGCUCAGGGUCCAGAUGUUGGCGGUGACUUCGUAGACGUCAUUGUAUAUCGCUAUCCUACAAUUGGCAGCGCAAAUGAUGUUUCGGUGACUUUCACUGACAGCUCCGGGCAAAUCUUUGCUUUCGGCACCGUCUUCCUGUUGUACUCCAACGAUCAAGAGACGAAGUUGUCGAUCAAGACCCCAGCAGUGAAUCUGAAUGGGCUCGCUUCCAACGUCUUUGACGUCUCCAUCUUGGGACCGGUUGACCUCACCCUUCAAUACACUUACGUCGCUACUUCACCCUUGGUCGUGUCAGGAUCUGUACUUCCAUCCCAAGGAAAGUCUAGCGGAGGAGUAGAAGUGUAUCUUCAGAUCAUGUACUUCCCGUUUCCAUCUCAGGUUUCAGUCAGUUUUGCAGGAAACCUCCUCGACGACACAGCUGUGACAGUGGAUGCUUCAUCCACGCCUGUCAAGACUGUGCUCAGCUUCGUCACUCCACAGACACAGCCGGGAAGUGUUCUAGUCACAGUGUUUCCUAGCACAUGCCCUCUGCCGUGCGUGGAUGCCGUGACAUUUGACUUCAAUCAAAUCAGCGAAGCGCAAGUAGCUCUCGUUCCCCCGGUGCCUGUCUCAUGCCCGAACAAAAACUCGUUGGUUCCUCCAAUCAUCUUGGGCAACUUUCCAAGCGGAUAUGAUGUAGCGAGCAUGACUGUGACUGUGAUCGAUGGAGGCGGCACGAGGUUUCCUUCAUCAGUUUCUUCAACGCAGCGGAUUGAUGCAGCAAGCGUUCAGAUCUCUGUGACCUUGCCUCAGAAUUUGAUGCCUGGACAACACACGGUCGAGCUGCAGUUUCAACCUGUUUCUGCAGUCAUCUUGACCUUUACCAUUGACAUUUACGACCCGACUUCUGUCCGCUUGCUCGGCAUCGAUCCAGUUGCAUUGCCGACCUCCUUCUUCCUAUGGGGAAGAGCUGUCGCAGUCGAUGUCUUGGUUUCGGUGCUGUGCGCCAACUGCCCUCAGGGGCUGAAGACUACUGACGUAACGGCCAUGUAUGACGGCAAUAUGGUCAGCCUGCUUUCGAUCCGAGAUGUCUCCUCGUGUUCUCCGUCUGCUAUCGACUGCAAUCGAACUUCCUUCCAAGUCCAGCUCAGCUCUGGUCUCACCGCAGGGUCAAAGUCCCUCAUCAUCACUAGCAACCUGGCCAAGUUCCAGUUGACCACGGCGAUCUCGUCGCAAGAGUCCUGCAAUUGGGACUCGUACUGCAACUCGUUCGCGUUGACCAGCGACGCUCUCUCUCUGCUAGAUAGACCGAUAUCGGGUCAGACAUGUAGCUUGCAAUUCUGCAUCGCGUCGCAUGACAUUCCGGACUUGAGCAUACUCUCCGCCUCGCCGUCUUCAGGACCAGAAGCUGGAGGAACCUCUGUGAAGAUUCAGCUGCAGUCCCUCAACGCGAUGGAUACAUCAGACAUCUUCGUGACAUGCAACAAUCAAUUCAUCAGCGUAGACAGGCUGGACUACAGCAACAAGGUCAUCUACAUAUCGACACCGUCAUAUGACGGCAGCAAGAGGUCAGUAGUGAUCACGGUCAAGUCAACAGGAGGAGCUGUAAGGUCUGCAUCCUUUACCUUCACUUAUGUCGGGAGUGGACCGCUGACGGUGCUGUCUGUGUCUGCUCGUGAGGUAGCACGUUCCAUGGAUCUCGAUGUCCUCGUCUCGUUGAAGAACUUCCCCAAGCUUGACUUUCCCUUCAACAAGUCGAGGGUUUCGUUCGUCUUGCAGGACUUCGACGUGAGAAUCAUCGCGAGCUCGAUCGUCAGCUCCACUUCUGAUGGCACUGUGGCAGCCCUGAAAGUGUCUCCCAUUCAAAACGGUCAAUGGCCGAUGGGAUACUUGCAAGUGAGGGUGUUUGAGACUUCAAGUGCUGGUCAGAACGAAGCAACUUUCAAAGUUCUGGUUAUCGAUGAUCCUACCCCAACCGUCAGCUCCAUCUCUCCUGAAGAGAUAGAUUGCUCAGUCUCAAAUAAUUUCGUUCUUGGUAUCAAAAAUCUCCCUCCGCUUGUGCGAUCGACGGACCUCAUUGUGUAUGUGGAUCAAUACCCGAUGACGGUCAAUCUGUUCCAGUCGCAAGGCCUCGUUGCAACCGUGAAAUUGGGUCUCAGCGCAAUCCCGUCCUGUAAGAUUGGAAACAACAUCCUGAGCAUACGUUCCCUUACCGACAGUCGAAUCAACAUCAACACAACUGUUGCGUUCAAGGCGAACACAUCUUCCAAGCUUCUUCUGUAUCAGCCAACAUCUUUCUACCUGGGGCAAAGUCGAGAUGUGGAGAUCUAUCUCGACAACUUUCCCUCGGCUGCAUGUGUUGACUGCGUGCAAGAAGCUUACCAGUCCUUGUUUGUCUGUGACGGGAAAAACGGAACGUUGAAAAGCGUGAGGGUGUCUCAAGGAAAGACUAUCAUUGUUGCCACUCUUCCCUUGUUCAAGUUUCCUGGGACAAUCAGCUGUUCGCUCUCCUCAUCAACGAAUUCGGUUGCCUUCCAGGUCAGCUUGGUCCCGCCCAGCGUUACCAUCUCCCCUAUCGAUGGACCUCAGAGUGGAGGGUCGCAGAUCACCGUCGUUGCCGUUGGGUUUGACGCAACACUUCCAGAGCAGCUUGCCAUUACAGUGGGGGGCUCAACAGCUAAUAUUGUGAGCGUACAGCCCACGUUCUACCAGCAGGUGUUUCCUGCUGUUAGAGUUGUUGCUGUUGCUCCUACUGCCCCCAACGUCGGAGUAGUCAGUUGCUCCAUCUCCUCUAUCUCCGCACUUUCUCAGCAGUCCUUCACUUUCCAGUACUUUCAGCUUCCUUCCAUUGAUUGGGUUCGUCCUAACGUGGCUACUGUGAACGGCAAAACCAAAUCAGCCGAUGGCCGGAGUGCAAGGUUCAAACUUUCAAACUUUCCACCUCUGAAUGGACCCGAAGACCUGGUGGUUCUGUUUGACGGCAUGGAGUGUAUCAGCACCUCCUGCUACGUUGCGGACAUUCAAAGCGCGUCGGAUCACUACAUAGUUACCGUGCGAGUGCCGCCGAGGUCAAGCGGAGACAAGGUUGUGUCUUUCGCCUUCCGAAACUCCUUGCAAUCCUCAGCCAUCCGAUCUAACAGAGUUGCAACCACAACAUUCCAGUACGUCAAACCAUCACCAGCCAUUUCAUCCAUACUUUGGUGUGCUGUCUGUAACACUGGCGACGCUUGCAUGCUGUAUCGUCGAUGCGGCGACUCUUCCUCCCCUCUCGUGUCAGAAGCAGACUCGAACGGGAAGGGCGUCGUCACGUUUGUGGUUGACAAUCAAGAGUUUGCCUCGGGGGCGUCAGCGUCGGCUUCUUUGAACAACGUGGCGUACCUGCAGUUUCAACGGGUCGCUUUCGCCGCAUCGGAUGGCUCGCGUUUGGAGCUCGAGUUCAAGAUGCCCAAGUUGAGCAUGUCAGGACAGCUUUCGGGUGAACUGACGUUGAACAAUCUCGGCUUGACCGUCAACAUUCCGUUCCAAAUCAAGCUCUUCAACAGUCAGAUCUUGAUCUCCUGCUACGAGGACGUCUACUCCAUUUGUGCUGGCAGUUACACAGGCCCAGGGCCCGUCAAGGUCCGAUUGACAAACUUCCCGUAUUCCCAAGGAGGACUCAGUUUCGUCGAUUCGAUCGUCGUCACUUUCGGCUACGUGCAGGCAACUUCACUCCGCCUCUUGAGCUUCAACAUGACAGACGCAGUGUUGGAGGUUCAACCCCCGACAUGCUCCAACUGCCCCUUUUCCAACGGAAGGAGCUCGGUGGACCUGUCAGUUGCUCUCCGAGCUGAUUCUUCGACCAAAGCCACGACGACCUACAGCUACUGGAAGGCGCCAGAGGUCACAAGCGCCUCGUUCGAUUCCAAGGGGAUAUCGAUAUCCGUCUUAUUCGAUCAGGCUGUGAGGGUGGUAGACGCCAGUGGCAGCAGCUCUUGCCCUCUGCUCGACGAGACCAUGAGAUCUCUUGGAGGCAGCGCUCAAUGCUCGUGGACGACUUCAAGUCAGCUGCAGAUCAGUCUCGACAGCACAGCUUCUGUUGUCCCAGGCUCGGUCUUGAGGUUUCAGGACGGAGCUCUCGCGCCGAUUUACGAAUUCGAAUCCAACAGGCUCUUGUCCUCGACUGUGAAGGCUCCAGCAUUUCCAGUUGCGCUCUCCGUCUCCCUCAAAGGUCCUUCCACCGUCGACGCCUGCUCACCUUUGCAGCUGCAAGCCGAGGCUUCAAGUCAGCGGCCUGUGCUCUUCAGCUGGGACUGCAGCAACGACGAUGCGCUCAAGUCUGCCAUCUCGGGAGUUACGAGCAGUAACCUGACGUUCACGGCCGGAACUCCAGAGCUGCAAGUGUUCGACAAGACCUACGUAUUGUCGGUAACCGCCACUGACUUCUUGGGAACCGUUUCAAAACCCGUCACGCUGAGGGUAUUGAAGCGACGAGCUCCGUCUCCCGUCAUCUCUUUCUCACCGCCCUACAUCUCCACCACUCAGAAUGCAGAUGUCAAGGUCUUGGCUGAGAUUCAGUUCUCCUCCUGCCCGGUAGAGCAGUCUGGCUUUCAAUUUGCGUGGGGUCAGACGGCAGGGCCGUCAGUUGAUCCCCAAUACUUCAACUCAUCUCUGCCCCAGCUCUACAUCCCUGCUGGAGUGCUUAAAGCCGGCAGCUCUUACGUCUUCGAGUUCACAGCGAGCAUGACGGUAGAUGCCUCUAGAACUGCCAAGGGCUCCAUCACUGUCGACGUUCGCAACCAGCAGCUCGUCGCUCUCAUCUCGGGAGGCUCGCACAUCCAGUCGUCAUCCCUUCGCAACUUGGUCUUGGACGCGUCGUCGUCACGAGAUCCUGAUCAGAGCUCUACAGCAGCUUCUGGCCUCGUCUUCUCCUGGACUUGCUCGGUUUGGGAUGGUUUCUCCGCGCAAGGCUGCAGAGAUUCGAACAACAACGUGCUCAGCCUCCCCUCGUCCUCCAUCGUCACCAUCGCGCCUGGCACGUUGCCGGUGCUGGCGGGCAUGGAGUACAUCUUCAACGUCACAGUGAGCCUGCCCAACCGCAUCCCCACGUCCUUCUCGAUGCCAGUCACCCUCUACGAGGAGCCCAUCCCCACCGCCAGCAUCGACUUCCAGGGAGGCACCAGAGGAGCCGAUGGCUCUCUUUAUGUCGCCAGCGUGGGACGAAAGCUCUUCUCGGGCGCCUGCGACCCGGCAUCCUCCUCCUACCAGUGGGCCAUGAUGGCGGAUUCAGUCAGCGUGCCCAUAGGCAACGACACGUCCAACUUCCCGAUGGGAGCUCAGGGACCGACGUUCAUCGUUGCCUCCGACUACUUCCUUCCCGCAGUCUCUUACAGCCUCUCGCUCACUUGCUCGGCCAACGGCUUCGUGGGCCGCGCGUUCCUGUCCAUGUCGGUCCUGCAGCCUCCGUAUGGUGGGGCCUGUGAGGUGUGCGUGUAUGAUGACGCGGCAGGAGCUUGUCAGGCGGGCUCAGCAGGAACCGUCUCCUUCUCUCCAUUUGAAACCGUCAGGUUCUACUGCAGCGGAUGGGCGAGCAGCAACGAACCUCUGCAGUAUCGCUUCGGGGUUUCUUACAACGAGGGGACAGAAACCGACUGGCAGGCUUACUCCACCGCCUCCUACAACGACAUCCCAUGCAUCAAGGCGGGAACGAUGUUGCUGCUGGUGCAGCUGAAAGACGCCCUGGGCUCCGAGAACAGCAUGGUAAGAGCGCCAGGCAGGAUAGGAUCCGUCACCAGCUGGAAGAGAGUCCGUGUGUCGAAUGGAAGGGAAAGAGGAAGAAGGUUGUUGUCCAACCAGACGGGCCUGGACUGGACGAAGCUGGGAGGCAUGAUCACCUCAGCCAUUCGACGAGGCCAGUGGGACGAGAGCUCACUGCUCAUCGGAGCUGGUUCGGAACAAGCCUCGUUGGAGUUGGACUCAGGGAUCCUUGACUACAGCUCGUGGCUCAAGUCCACGGAGACUCUGAUCUCCAGCCUAGUCAGCGCAGCCAACAUUGCCUUCUUUGACCCUGCGACUGCUUGCCAAGCUUUGAACAUCGGAAAGAACCUUCUGAAACAAAUCCCUUCCCUAUCUUCGGAAGACAUCACCAAAGUUACCUCACUAGUCAAGACGAUGAUCGACUCCAAGACCCUGUUCUCAGUCAAAACCCAGUUCGUCUGCGGUGAAUCAGCUCUGUCGCUCUACUCGUCGCUCUUUCAGAUCUUACAGGCGCAGGCUGCCAAUCAGACGUGGGUGGCCGCGUCGGUCAUGAAUAGCUUUGAGCAAGCGAUGUACAAGCUCAUGAAGUUGCAGUCAGCCUCGUUGUGGCCCGGAGAAUCUCCCAUCACCAUCUCCACCAACACCUCCCAGUACAAGAUCACCAGGAUGUACGCCAAGAACGUCGACAAAUUCGCUUCCACCGUCGGCCUUACAGGGGAGUUCGCGUUUCCCGAUAACCUCCAGCAGAGCCUCCAGCUAGGAGACAACGUGGUCAUUGAUGUGCAUAGCGACGUGAUGAGCAAUGCUGUAGACAUGGAGCCCUGGCGGCCGGUGUCGCCGCUGGUUUCUCUUUCCCUCUCCCUCUCGCAGGACCUGGUCCCCUUGAAGGUCAGGAACCUGAGUGCUCCCAUCCUCUUCGACCUCCCCGUCCUCACGGCGAGCGAUAGCUACCUCUGCGUAUACUGGAACGGCAGCGGGUACUCAGGGAUCGGCUGUCGGGUGGAGCGAGUCAACGUUGGGACGGUGACUUGCGCUUGCAACCACCUGACCUCCUUCACGCUGCUGCCGCCUGUCGAGCUUCAACCCUUGUCCCCUCUCUCCUCCGUGCCGACCCCGACCUUCACUGUCACUCAGGAGUCCAACGGCGACUCCCAGUACGUCGGUUACGUCGCCGUUAGGAUCCGCUGCAAUGCAUCGCAAGCCUACAUCAACUGGACAGUUGACUCGGUAACUCCAACGUGUCUCGUGCAGACAUCACUCAACUCCACCUGGUCGUCGGCGCUCCCAACGCAGCUUGCUGACGUCACCGUGUACAUCACGACCAACACGACUCUCAAGGCAGUCGCCUGCAUCGAUGGGCAUGCCAGCGAGUUUGCCGAGCAGUCCUUCCACGUUCUCCCAACCACGGAGCUGCUGCUGCGCCUGAGCUUCUCUGGCGUCUCGACCACUCAGCUCACAGAUGCUGUGCUGAACCAGCUCAAAAUUUUGAUAGCGAAAGACCUUGGAAUGCCCUCCUCGUUGUUGACCUUGAAGGACAUGGCGACGGCAUGGGUUCGAGCUCUGCACAACUACAAGCGAAGUCUGCACGCUGUCGUCGUCUUGGAGUGGGCAGUGAUUCCUCUUUCUCCUCAGUUCGCGGUUUCCUUCCAGCAGCUGGUGGAGGGUGUGGGAGCCUCUGGCUUCAGCUCCAUCUUUCAGCAGGUCGGCAUCCAGGUCUCCGUGGUCAAGUUGGAAGUCGGGAAGCAAGGGAACAUGACAGAGGUGCAGCUUUCUCCUGUCAGCACUACUCCGAUAGCAGGAGCAGGAGCAGGAGCAGGGGGAGCAGGAGCAGGGGGAGCAGGAGCAGCAGGAGCAGGAGCAGGAGGAGCAGCAUCGACACCGCCAGGGGUGGACAAGACAGCAGUGCCGUCGGGGAGCAGCUCGUCUUCGAAUGAGAGCACCAUGUGGAUCGUGAUCUACACGUGCAGCGCUGUGACCCUCUUCGCCGUGCUCUUGGCCUUGAAGAGGUACAGGAGGUACGUGCGAGACAAGAACAAGUCCAAAGUCGCCCCAACUGAGGACUCCUCGACCCCUGCCGAUGCUCCUUCCGAGACUCAAAGGGACGAGGACACGACGGCAGCGAUGGAGGAGGAUGAAGACAUGCCCGAGAUCCUCGUGACUCGAGCUGGUAGCUCUGGUUUCACGGCGAACGUGCUGGUGCAGCAGCUGUCGGAGGAGGGAGGAGGGGAGGGAGGAAGAGGAGAAGAGCAGGAGGGAGCAGCAGCUUCACACCAUGGAGUGGUUGACGCGAGCGGCAGACAGAGGAGGAAGUCAAAGAUAGCAGGGCGGUACAAGACGAACAUCAGGAAGAUCUUAGAGGAGAUCAAAGACGGCAACAAGGUAGAGCCUGAAGAAGCAGCUGGGGGUGAGGUGGACUUGCUGUCCAGCUACUCUCUCCCUCAGGUGGACGAGGAGGUUGCAGACAAACAGACGCAGGAGGCGGAGGAGAAGCUGACGCCUAUCGCUUCUGCUUGGACCGAAAUCGCAGAGAGCAACAAAGAUGAUGACGCGACGAAUGCCGUUGUGCCCUUCGAGAGGGACAGAGCUUAG